AUGCACGAGAUUGUCACCCUCCAGUUUGGUCACUUUGCCAACUUUGUUGGAGCACACUUCUGGAACACACAGGAAGCACACUUCAAUUACCAGCAGCCAGGAGAUGAAGAAGAGACAGCCCCAGAGCUGGUUAACCAUGAUUGUCUGUACAGGGUCGGGAUGACCAACAAAGGUGUCGAAACCUACACACCCAGAGCAUUGAUCUUUGACCUCAAGGGCGGCUUUGGAUCUAUCAACAAAUACAAACUCUAUGAGACCCCACCAGCUCAGGAUCACUACCAGGAACAAUACGAUCUCUCAUGGGACCCUUCGAAGAUGGAGACCUUUCAGGAGCAGCAGUACUCAAAGUCAGCUUAUCAGAAGCACCUGGAGGAUGAGGAACUGGGUUUAGCGACUGAGGAAGGCGAGGACAACGUGGAAUUGAACGAGAUCCGGACGUGGUCAGACUACAACCGCGUGUACUUUCACCCAAAAUCAAUGGUCACUCUGACUGGAUACCAGAUGGACAGCGAGUUUAUGCCCUUUGACGUGUUUUCAUACGGCAGAGCCGCCUUUAAUGAGACUGAAAAGGAGAAAGAAACCUACGACGAAAACUUUCGACUGUUCACAGAGGAGUGCGAUCAACUGCAGGGCUUCCAAGUGAUGGCAGACGUUCUGGACGGAUGGGGCGGAUACGCAGUCAGUUACUUGGAACAGCUUCGCGAGGACUAUCCAAAAGCCACGGUAGUAACCUACGGCUUAAGCGACGACAAAAUGGGCAAGAACUCGACGAUGAGGGAAAGACAGACGACGGCUGUGAACGAGACAAUGGCUAUGACCAACCUUUCAAGACUUUCUUCGCUUUAUGUGCCUGUCAGGGCACCUACGCGCGCAAUGCUGUCUCCCCAAGGGUGGACUAAGAACAUUCGCUUUGAUCCCUCCAACCGAUACCAUACAAGUGCCUUUAUUUCCACAGGCAUCGACAAUGCUCUAUUGCCAUGCAGAUUGCGCCGUGGAGGUGUCUUCAUGGCUGACAUGAUUGGAGCUCUGAACUGGAGAAACGUGACAACCAUUGGAACAUUAUCUACAGGAUUGCCGUUCCCAUUCGGCGGCAGCAAGCUGCCCGACCUCACAGGAAAGCUCUCGCCUCUUCUGGACCUGUCAUCAAGGAAAUCGGACGAAGAUGAUCAAGUGUUCUCGCAGUCAGUUGUGUUGCGAGGCUUAGAGACGAACCAGUUUGCUAAAUAUGCUGCAGGAACACCAAAGACGCCGCGUGAGGUUGUGGAUGAGAUGCUCUACACCCUGCCCAUCGGCAAGUCAUUGGGCGACUCCAAGAUACACACCCCGCUAAAGUACCCGAUCCCGACGUCCUUCCCUCGCUUCUUCCAAGGCUUGACCACCGAAGGAUACCAAAAUACCGAGCGAUCUCCACCGAACAACCGCGAGGAUGGCACAAGCAAAGUCAACUCGGUACCAACAAUCUCACGGCUGGCAGUGUCGACCACAACACGCUGGCACCUGCAAUCACUCUCGGAUUCCGUCAAGAAAAUCAACCUGCGCUUGUUGCCCCAAUUCGAUGCUGACGUUACUGGUGGUGUCAACAACGAGGAGUUUGAUGAGGCGAAGGAAACACUUUUGGACCUGUACGAUAUCUACAACGAGUAA